AUGACCAGGACAAGAAGCAAAUCGAUUAUCCAGAAAAUUUCCAAAGACACCCCACACUAUGCCGAGAACCUUGAUUUCGGAGAGAAGAAGAGUGUUGGUAACCGUCCCAGAUCGUCCAGUCUAGACAUACAGAGGCCUCCAGUCAAAAUCAGCAGCAUUACUCCAACAUAUCCUUUUAGUGAUAAGGAAAAAGCGAGUUUGUGGUCCAACUACAUUAAUUCAUUCAACUAUGACUGUCUUCUUGACCCAGAACACAUUCUCGCUGUCAACGAGCUCGAGACCGAUGAGUUUUACAACUUCCAGGACAUUUGCAAGUACAAUCAACUUCAGGUUAUGGAAUACAUCACGGAGACUGAUGAGGUCAUGGAUUUGGUUGAAUCGCUUACAUUGAAAUAUGACCAAAUCGCCAGCGAGACAAUUGAUUUCGACACUGAGUCCAGUAAAUUGCUCAACUCACAAAUGACAUACACAACUAAGUUUCGACAAAUUGAGGAAUACCUCAAGCAUUUCGAAAAUCUUGAUGCCAUCACUAGGCAUCUUUCGAAGCCAGGGUACAAUUUGGUGAACCAGAGACGAGAAUUUUUCAGAACCGAGAUUUUGAGUCAAUUGGACCAGUCACUUCUGUUCUUCAAAGAGCAUCCGGACUUCAAGGAAGUAGAGCUGUACAACAGUCGUUUCAGACAGUGUAUGACUAGAGCAUUAACACUUGUCAAGAACUUCGUGGUUUCAGAAAUAAAGAAAUUAUCAGAAGCUGUCAAUAAAUCAUUAUCUUCGGAAAAUGGUUCAUCGAUUUCAAUUGAUUUAUUGGUUUACAACGAGUUCAACAGUUACUUGAAGGAAAAUGGAACACAAUUUAGUGAGUUGAUAAACGAGAUAACAUCGAGAAUUGCAGGUCAUCAAGAGUACCAAGGCUUAAUCAACGAUGUUUUAAAUGAAUAUUUCCAGGUGAGACUUCAUUUACUACAAAUUUACUUUUCAAAAAACACAUACCUCCAAAAUCUCCUAAAGACAAAUAUAAGCUCAAAAGAUUUGGUCCAAUCAUGUCAAGAUCAGAUUUCAUUCUUCAAGAAGGUGAGUGAGAAGGAGUACAUUUUGUUCAAGAAUUUCUUUGGAGUAGAAGGGCCAAUUGAUUCUGAAUUCUACCACUUUUCUAGAAACUUAUUGGAUCCUUUGUAUGAUAGUUUGAGACACAUUACUUUGAGGGAGACCAACAUCAGUAAUCUUUGUCAAUUGACUACAUUGUUACAGAAAUAUUACGAGUUUGAGGAGCAAGAAGAGACCCUCAUAGAUGUUGAUAAUCCUUUAGGCCAACGCCAGGAUGUCUCCAUCAACUUUGGAGAGUUAUUUGAGCCAAUUUUGCAUGACGUACAGUCGAGAUUAAUUUUUAGAAUCCAGAAUUAUGUGGAUGAAAAGUUAAUGAAGUAUAUUCCAAAGCCAGAAGACUUACAAUUAGGUAGAAGAAGAAGAUCCACCCCUGCAACGGAAGAUAAUUCAGUCCCCAUCAACCCCUUAGAUGUGGAUUACCCUGAAAAUCUAUUCCCUGAGGUAUAUCUUCCUCUUGGAAAGGCUCUCACUUUACUCUCGAACAUCUAUGAACUCAUCAAUUCUGUCGUCUUUGAUGAUCUUGCCCAUUAUAUUGUACAUGCAUGUAUCAUUUUGUUGAAGGGGGAAUUUUACAAAUUAUCAUUGACUCAUUUAGGAUUGGUUGAUACAAAGUUACAUUACUUGAAAAAUUUAAUUAUUCUAAAGGGGCAAAUCAAUAACUUUGACAUCCAGUAUAUCAGAACUGACUACACAAUUGAUUUUACCAGUGGUAUCAGUGAGGUAUGGACCAUUUUGAGAAAUGGAGAAUUCAAUCUCAAUGAUAAUGGUUUGAUUGAUUUAGUUAAGAAAUCUGCUCCAAAAAUUAUCAGUGACAUGAUCGAUGCAAACUACGAAAUAGAAUCCGAGUUGAAUAAUGCGGUCAAUGACUUCAUUAAAGAAUGUACCAAUUCGAUAAGUGAGCCAAUCACACUCAAUGAUAAGGACACGUUAACCGAGUCAGUGGAUAGAAGUAUUAAGUUUAAAGACAACUUGAUUAUUAAGAUUCCGAACAUAUACAAGCAGAUAAAAAUAUUCAUCAACGAUGAUAAUAUCAUCAAGUUUUUGAUGGGAACGUUAUCGGAGUUGGUAGUUUCUACAUAUGAGAACUUUUACAAGUAUGUGCUUGAUAACGCCGAUAAAAUUGAUCAAGACACAAGAGAGCAUCUAGAUGAGAUACAGGAAGUUGAAACCGUUUUUGGAUUUAUUAAUGAUUUAAUUUCUCAGUUGUAUGAGCAGGAUCAAGAAGUUGUCUUUAACGAAGACAUUUUACUUGACGGAGGAGAGCUACCACUAAAGUCUUCCUUACAGGAAUGA